AUGCCUGGAAGACCUCCAUACCAGAACCUCCCACCAUUCGGCAACAAGUUGUCAAGCUCCAAUCUGCGAAUUCAUAACACCAUGAUGUUUUUUGAAAGCUCGAAGGUGGGAGUGGACCUCGAAGAACUAAGCAAAAUCACCACAGUCAUCCAUUCCAACGCGAAGAUCACGCGUCUCACAGUGGCCCGGAUUAUCGACUGUGCUUUAUUGGUCAAACUCAUUUUCAGAGUCGACUUCUCUCCCCAAUUUGUCAAGUUCAGCGACAGGAUCCCAGAGGAUUUCAACGAACUCAACCUCCCUCACUUCGACCUCUGCCAACACGUCUGCUCCCAGCAUAUCAAACAAGAAGGCCGCGGAGUCGCACACAUCGCGCGAGUCAAUUCCCAGCGUCUCGAUGUCGAUAUCUCACUCAUCGACCUCUGCGAAGAGGACGUCGAUAACGUAAUCCUCAUCUGCAAGCACUGCCCCACGCACUUCCAGUCCUCUGCGAAGGUCACCAAUAAUGCUCAUGUUCGACGCAUGAGCUAUGAGGUCGCGGCCAUGAGGUGCUCUGGGAAAAGCGACGAGAACACAUGGCAUGACACAUGGGCGAGAGCGUUCUGCGAGCUUGCCAACUCGACGUUCCUCACCCCCUCGUUGGGCGUCCCGCCUACCUGCUGUGAUCCAAAUGAUACCACCGGCUCGUACUUUCCACCGGUGGAUAACUAUUUCUGUGUCCCUGCGCUAAAAGGUGGAUGGGCCGAGGCAUACACGGUUCCUAAGCUGGCAGCGCGCGAUUCUGGAUUCGAGGAGGACGUAAAGUGGGAGAAGGGUGGGUAUGAAAGUUGUGAGGCGGGUAAGGGCGGAGAUUGGGAGGAGGAGGUUGUUGGUGAGGGUCCGUCAAAGGUAACUGGGGAUGAUGGUGAGGGUCCUUCAAAGGUGACCGGGGAUGAUGGGGAGGAUUGGGAGGAGGAUAUUGUUGAGGGUCCUUUGGAGAUGACUGAGGGGGAUGUGGAGAGGUUGGCGAUGGAGUGA